AUGAGCAAUGAAAGUCUUGUUACCUGGACGAACUUCAUCCAGGACGCCCCUGAGCCGCUCUUUUCGUCUCCCCCGCCACCUGUGCCGCCGCUUCCCACCGAAUCUCAGCUGAACAUUGCUCUCGGCCGACUUCGGCAAGCGCAGACACCAUCUCGUGCUGCUGACUCAAGGUUGAUACGGACUGGGCGCGUCAAGCAGGUCAAGAUGGAUCACGAACACCGAGUCGACACAGAGGAACGAAACCUGCUAGUGGAAGCAGCAACAGAACUACACUACGUUUUGAUGGUAGACAGAUGGGCCUCGGACAAGCAGAGGCGGAAGAAGAGCGUCAAGGCAGUGGACAGGAUGGCGAGAUCAUAUCACGACGCAAGUAAAGUCAUGAAGUCGUUUUUUGAGGUCGUAUUUUGA